UGGGUGGCUCUGGGUCCUGGGAAUAUGGGGCUGUCCAUUAUUCCACAUUUGAUUAGUGACGCGGCCAGCACUACCGGAGUCCAGAUCAAAAAAGUGGUGCGGCGCGGCGUCAUACUCCAACUCCAGUACCCCACGCCUCUCGUGCUCGUUGCUUCGCCGUUCGACCACCCAACGCUAGCCGCAGUCCGACCUAGCAAGGCGGCGGCGGCGGUAGCAGCAGCAGCCAGCAGGGCGCUCCUCGGCUCCGGUCCAUCUAUCGCGUCGCCAUGGCCGCGCAACCGACGAUCCCGCGCCGCUGCCUCUUCAUCGGCGGGGGCUGGAGGGAGCCGUCGCUCGGGCGCCGCCUCCCCGUCGUCAACCCGGCCACCGAGGCCACCAUCGGUUCGUCCGGCCGCGCUCCCUCCUGUCGCCCUUCCCCGACCGCUUCGACAACAUACCGCUAGUGCGCUACUGAACUCGGCGUUUUGUUUUGUGUGUGCGGUGAACGGUGAAGGCGACAUCCCGGCGGCCACGGCGGAGGACGUGGAGAUCGCGGUCGCGGCGGCGCGGGACGCGUUCUCGCGCGACGGCGGGAGGCACUGGUCGCGCGCCCCUGGGGCCGUGCGGGCCAAGUUCCUCAGGGCGAUCGCUGCCAAGAUUAAAGAUAGAAAAUCUGAUCUGGCUUUGCUGGAGACACUUGAUUCCGGGAAGCCUCUGGAUGAAACAAAUGCGGAUAUGGACGAUGUUGCUGCAUGCUUUGAGUAUUAUGCUGAUCUGGCAGAGUCUUUAGAUGAGAAGCAACGUUCACCAAUCUCUCUACCUAUGGAGAAUUUCAAGUCCCAUAUACUCAAAGAACCCAUUGGGGUUGUUGGACUGAUCACUCCUUGGAACUAUCCUCUGUUGAUGGCUACUUGGAAGGUCGCACCUUCCUUGGCUGCUGGGUGUACAGCUGUUUUAAAGCCAUCGGAGUUGGCUUCUCUGACUUGCUUAGAGCUUGGUGCAAUAUGCAUGGAAGUAGCCCUACCUCCAGGUGUGCUGAACAUAAUUACUGGUCUGGGCCCUGAAGCUGGUGCUCCAUUAUCUUCACAUCCUCAUGUGGAUAAGGUUGCCUUUACCGGAAGUACAGAGACUGGUAAGAGAAUAAUGACUGCUGCUGCCCAAAUGGUUAAGCCUGUUUCGUUAGAACUUGGAGGCAAAAGUCCUCUUAUUGUCUUUGAUGACGUUGACAUUGACAAAGCUGUUGAAUGGGCCAUGUUUGGGGUCUUUGCGAACGCUGGUCAAGUCUGCAGUGCUACUUCUCGUCUACUUCUGCAUGAGAAAAUAGCAAAACAAUUCUUGGAUAGAUUGGUUGCAUGGGCAAAGAAUAUCAAAGUCUCCGACCCACUGGAGGAAGGCUGCAGGCUGGGGUCUGUUGUCAGUGAAGAGCAGUAUGAAAAGAUAAAGAAGUUCAUCUCAACAGCAAGAAGCGAAGGUGCCACAAUUUUAUGUGGUGGUGCCCGACCACAGCACCUCAGAAGAGGGUUCUUUAUUGAACCUACAAUUAUAACAGAUGUUAGUACAUCAAUGCAAAUUUGGCGAGAGGAAGUCUUUGGACCAGUCAUCUGUGUCAAAGAGUUCAGGACAGAGAGUGAAGCUGUGGAACUUGCAAAUGAUACUCACUAUGGUUUAGCUGGUGCAGUGAUCUCUAAUGAUGAAGAGAGGUGUCAGCGCAUUUCGAAGGCUCUUCAUUCUGGUAUUGUUUGGAUAAAUUGCUCUCAACCAACCUUUGUCCAAGCUCCAUGGGGAGGGAAUAAGCGGAGUGGUUUUGGUCGUGAGCUCGGAGAAUGGGGCCUUGACAACUACCUGACCAUCAAGCAAGUCACCAAGUACUGCUCGGAUGAGCCAUGGGGAUGGUACCAGCCUCCAUCGAAGCUGUAAACGGGUUCACGCCAGGAGUGUGGAGCGUAUCAUUCACGGAAGACGCAACAUCAAUCCUGAGCGUGGACAGAAACUUAUGUACAGUACGGUGCUCUUUCAAUAAAAAGUCCUUACGACAAAGCGGCUUGUACUUGUGCUGUUAACGAAUUCAGGACAGAGUAUGCUUUAUCAUCGGCUGUUUAGUCUGCACUCUUAUCAUUCGCAGUUUCACACGGUGUGCAGUUGGACGA